CAGCAGGAAUCUCACAUGGGCUUGGCCCAGAUGUCAAAAUGCGGCCCACUGGUGCAUAUCCAGCUGACCGGGCCGGAGAUCAGUCAGAGACCGCCGCCGCGCCGGGCAGAAAACAAAAUAAACCCUUCCCUUCCACCGCCGGCCUCCACCAGACCACCGCCGCGCCGCUCCUCUCCGUCGGCCUCCACCAGAUCACUGCGCGCCGCUCCCCUCCGUCUCCCUCCACCAGUCUACCGCUGCCCUCCACAAGACCACCGCCGCUCCCUCCUGCAGGCUGCUCCUCUCCUUCCUCCCUUCCUCCCCAUUCCCCGACUCCACCCUCAGCUCUAUGCACCCCUCAAGCAGCAGGCCAGUCAGCAGCCAGCAGCGAGGCACGGAGGCAGGCAGGCCGGCCGGCGGCAGCUCGCCGGUUUAAACCCCCACUUCGCACUCGCAUCGCAGGUGGCAGCAGCACCCACCCAAGUUGGAGCAGGGCAUCAACAUUGUCAACUGGCGAGUCUUGGAGCUGCUUCGGCAUCCUCAGGAGAGCGAACAAGCAGGCAAAUGUUUCGUGUUGGAAGAAUCUGUACAAGACCGAAUUCAGCCCGUGCUGUAUUUGCAUUCCUUGCGGGUCCACAACCUUUCGCUGGUCGUGGCAGCACGUAUCGCUUGGACAGUAAGUUUCUUGGGACUAAGUGCACCGGUGAUGAACAUAUAGGAUUCCUGAACCAGAAACCUCGUGUUGGUAGUUGCGGCGCGUGCUUUUCCACUGCUACCGAAACAGUUCUGGUCCAAGCCCGUGACUCGUCUCAGCUAGCAUUGGAGAUAGAGAACGCGAUCGAUCAGAGGAGGUUUGAUGACGCGUGGAGGGCGUAUGAGAAGCAUGUUCACAUGGACGGGUUCCCAAGAAAGUCUGUUUUGGGUAAGCUCAUCACUGGCUUCGCGGUGACCUGUGAUGCUCACAGGCUUAACCAGUCAUACAGUGUGGUCGAUCAUGUAUCUCGAGACAAGAUUGAAUUGUUGGAGAGGGAGCCCCUAAUUUACCUAUCUCUUAUUCUAGCACGUUGCGCUCUUCCUGAUCUUGCAGUCAAUGUUGUGAGGAAGUUAGUAAAGAUGGAAAUAUACCCACCCGUUGCUGCAUGGUCUGCGAUCGUUGCACAUAUGUGUCAAACUGCAACCGGUUCGUUUCUUGCUGCCGACAUGGUCAUGGAGAUUGGAUACCUUUUCCAGAAUAAUAGAGUUGAUCCACGCAAGAAGAGCAAUCGUCCAUUGCUAUCAAUGAAACCCAAUUCAUUUACCUUCAGCAUAGUUCUGACCGCAUCCCUCUUGUUUGGCACUACUAAAAAGGCGGAACAGCUUCUUGAAUUAAUGCCCAGGAUAGGGGUGAAACCGGAAGCUAGCUUGCUGAUUGUCAUGGCCCGUAUAUAUGAAAAGAAUGGACACAAGGAUGAGAUUCAGAAGUUGAAGAGGCAUGUUGAUGAGGCCUGUGGUCUAAGUGAAUCAGAAUUCAGGCAGUUCUAUGAUUGCCUGCUCUCCUGUCAUUUAAAAUUUGGGGAUUUGGAUUCUGCUGUGGAUAUGGUUUUGGAUAUGCUUAAAAAGGGUAAAAAUGCUAAACGGUCACUAGAAGCAGCUAAAGCAGUCCUCGAAGCAGUUGAGAAUAACAAAAUUUAUCUUCCUUAUGACAAAGCAGGCACUGAAAAUUUGGGUUCCCCGAAUAAGUCUGUGUCUACUGAUAGCCAAAUGCUGAACUAUGUUUCAUUCUUCAAAGACAAGAACUUUGCAAAGCUUGAAUUAGAGGCAAGAGAAUUACACAAGUUAUUAUCAGAUAAGCUCCAGGAACAGGUCGGACUAGUUAAAUCUGAACAUGGUAUCCUCCAUCCAACUGAAACAAUGUAUGCCAAACUUGUCAAAGCUUUUCUGGAAGCAGAUAAGAUCAGUGCAUUGGCAUCAUUUCUUGUGAAAGCAAGCAAAGAAGACUGUCCAGUGUCUGUUGAGAGCUCCUUUAUUGUCCAAGUAAUAAGCGCAUGUAUUUCUGUUGGGUUAUUAGAGCAAGCACAUGAUCUUCUUGACGAGAUGAGAUUUUCUGGAAUUAGGGUUGGUUCUUCCAUUUAUUCGUCGCUCCUAAAAGCCUACUGCAAGGAGGGCCAUCAUGAAGAUGAUAUAACUGCACUUCUGAAGGAUGCUGAUCAAGCAGGAAUUCAGUUGGACUCAAGCUGCUAUGAACAUUUGAUACAAUCCAGGACACAUCGCAAUAACACCACAGGUGCUCUCCAUCUUUUUAAAGAGAUGAAGAACUCAAACAUUCAAAGAUCUGGUCACAAGGAGUUUGAGAUGUUAGUUCAAAGCUGUGAUAACAGUGAAGCUGCUUUGACGACUAAGCUAGUAGAAGAAGUCAGAAGUGGUCAUACGGUUAAUCAUGCUAUUCAUGACUGGAAUAAUGUUAUACAUUUCUUCUGUAAGAAGAGAUUAAUGCAUGAUGCUCACAAAGCACUGAGCAAGAUGCGUGUUUUAGGCCACAUGCCCAAUGCACAAACUUUCCAUUCUUUAGUAACUGCUUAUGCUGCUGUUGGUGGAAAAUAUGUGGAGGUGACGGACUUGUGGGGUGAAAUGAAAGUUCUGGCGAACUCCAACUCAAUGAAAUUUGAUCAAGAACUAUUGGACUCUCUGUUGUAUUGCUUUGUGAGAGGUGGUUUCUUUCUUCGAGCAAUGGAAGUUAUAGAAUUGAUGGAAAAAUGCAAGAUGUUUAUAGAUAAAUACAAGUACAAGUCCCUGUGGCUUAAAUAUCACAGAACAUUGUACAAAGGUAAAGCUCCCAAGGUGCAAACAGAAGCUCAAUUGAUAAGGAGAGAAGCAGCAUUACAUUUCAAGAGAUGGAUUGGGUUGACAUGAGAGUGAGAUUCUAUGAGCACUUCUAAAGUUAACCACAGAACAUCCCCAAUUAUCAACUUGUGCAGGGGAAGAGGAUCACUACGGCCAACGUGAGCUGAGACACUUCCGACGGAAUUGGUUAUCUUAGAUCACCUACAAGUAUAUAGGUGGUGCUGCACUUUUAUCCCAUUUUUCCAAUAGCGAGCUCCUCUUAAAUGGCUUGGGUUGUAUUGACAUUUUGCUGAAUCUCCCACUGAACAUGUGUGCCAAGUUGUUAAAUGUUAGACAAACAGGCUUUGUGAUUUUUAGAAGGUGGAACAUUGCACUGCAAUACGAGCUUUAAACUACUAUGUGCGUUGAUGCCCUCAGAAUGUGCUUAUGACUUACUAUUUGACAUUUAUUUUCUCAGUUUCACUUACUGCAUUUCUAGCGUGCAUAUUUUUCUACUCUAGAUCAUACUAUAGGGAUGGUGUGAUGGGAACACAUGAUGAAGAAACUAGAAAGUUUUUCAAGCAUUCUUCAGUCAUUUGUGUUUUUUCACCUUGAUAUGCCAGCAGUAAGCUCGGGCAAGUUCUGGCAGUAGGUUUCCUAGGUAUUUUGUUUAGUUUUUUAAUAAACUGCAAGCAGUGCUUAGCUAAUUAGUAAUUAGUCAUGCUUCCCCUUUUAGCAAGUAAAUAUUUACCAUUAUGUGUUGGUGCCAUAUGGAUAGUAAAUGUGCACCUAAGCUGACAGAUAGCUUUGUUCAAAUAAAAUCAGGUACCAGAGCUUGGACCUUUUCUUUCAAAAGGGACCUCUUCCUCCUUUCUUACAGAAUGAAGGAUGAUCUCAAAUCCUCCCUUUUAGCCUGGCUAGACGAUCUGUAGUUCCUUUGGGCUAUGCCCUGGGAUAAGCCCUUUUGCAAGUGGGAAUGGACCAAGACAACCUUGGUACGAUUUGCACUGUAAGAAUGAUGGACCAGCUGCCUAUGAUGUCCUUUUUUAGCAACGCUAGAGAAAGGUCUCCAAGUUCCGCGAUCGAUUUAGGAAAGUAUCUUGGAAAGAUGAUGCUCUAUUAAAGCUGGAGCAUAUCUCAUGGAUACUCAGCCCUUCGGCUAUGUUCCAAAUGAUCAUGUUAGUUUGCGGGUUUCAAAAGAACAAGAUUCUGAAAAUUGGCAUGUUCAGGUCUUAGCACUACUCUUGUGCUAACAAUCUGAUACCAAUGGAACUGGCCCUCAAAAUUACAAGCAAGAUUAGAGCUGGCGAGCGAUUUACGGUUUAUGUAGUCAUACCAAUGUGUCCUGAAGGAGUCCCUACCACAGCCUCUGUGCAAGAAAUUCUUUACUUUCAGGCUCAGACAAUGAAGAUGAUGUAUAGAGUAAUUGCACAAGAGCUCAAGGCCAUGAAUAUUGAAAAUGCAAAGCUUCAAGAUUACUUGAACUUCUACUGUCUUGGCAAUCGGGGAGAACCAUCAACAAAUGGUAGUCCUGACUCAGACAAAUCUUCAGAUAGAAGUGCAGCGGUAUAUAGGUAUAGGACUUCUCUACGGGCUGAGCACCUUGGAGUGGUCGACGAGCACUUCAAGGAUCGUUCAAGCCCCGACUGUGUAAGAUUACUGAACCAAAUAGCUGAGAGAGACUCACAUCAGAAGAGAUGAAAUGUUGCAAGGGCACCUCCUCAGAUACCCGGUGAAGACAGAGCCGUAUGCCAUGGCAACAUCGGCCGUCAGCGGCAAAGAUCUGACAUGCCACAGUUUGUCCAAGUAAUAAGCGCAUGUAUUUCUGUUGGGUUAUUAGAGCAAGCACAUGAUCUUCUUGACGAGAUGAGAUUUUCUGGAAUUAGGGUUGGUUCUUCCAUUGAUCAAGCAGGAAUUCAGUUGGACUCAAGCUGCUAUGAAAAUUUGAUACAAUCCAGGGCACAUCGCAAUAACACCACAGGUGCUCUCCAUCUUUUUGAAGAGAUGAAGAACUCAAACAUUCAAAGAUCUGGUCACAGGGAGUUUGAGAUGUUAGUACAAAGCUGUGAUAACAGUGAAGCUGCUUUGAUGACUAAGCUAGUAGAAGAAGUCAGAAGUGGCCAUACGGUUAAUCAUGCUAUUCAUGACUGGAAUAAUGUUAUACAUUUCUUCUGUAAGAAGAGAUUAAUGCAUGAUGCUCACAAAGCACUGAGCAAGAUGCGUGUUUUAGGCCACAUGCCAAACGCACAAACUUUCCAUUCUUUAGUAACUAGUUAUGCUGCUGUUGGUAGAAAAUAUGUGGAGGUGACGGACUUGUGGGGUGAAAUGAAAGUUCUGGCGAACUCCAACUCAAUGAAAUUUGAUCAAGAACUAUUGGACUCUCUGUUGUAUUGCUUUGUGAGAGGUGGUUUCUUUCUUCGAGCAAUGGAAGUUAUAGAAUUGAUGAAAAAAUACAAGAUGUACAAAGGUAAGGCUCCCAAGGUGCAAACAGAAGCUCAAUUGAUAAGGAGAGAAGCAGCAUUACAUUUCAAGAGAUGGAUUGGAUUGACGUGAAAGUGAGAUUUUGAAAGCAGUGAAACACUAGAACUUAGAUACCUGAGAUAUUUAUGUUCACAAUGUGCCAUACUUGUCCCGGCUCCAGCAAAGUUGGAGACCAAUGUGUAGACGUCUCUGUUAGUACAAAUCUUUGAUCUGCAUAACAGCUGUAUUUGUAGUUUACUUGAACUUCACCGAUGAAAGAUGUCAGAUUGGCCUACAUGUCAAUACAGAUUUGUGCAGACAUAAAUGUCCCUAUUUGUGCCCA